ACUGGGAUGGUUAAAAUGGCCAAUUUCUUUGCAUUAAUAAAGGUGAGAUUCACAGUCCAGGUGUUAAAUGACUAUUCAGAAUGAACGUUGGGAUGAAGUGAUGGUAGAGUAUUUAAAAGUUGACAGUGUGCUCCAUACAGUUUCUGGCCUUCAUCAUCUCAUUAAUCAUCUUCCCAGUUAUAUUUUAAAGAACAUGUGUGCUUGCUUACAUAUGUUACAGGGAUCUGACCUCCAUCUGACUUGCUUGAGACACUUGUGCACUGCAAAGACAUUCUGUAUUUUCCCAUUUAAAUGCAGUACAGUAACUGGUAACGUUUGUAUUUUCACUGCUUUUCCCCCUUAAAGAUGCACUAUAAUCUCAAGUUGCUGCGGCAGCACCAAGAUCAACUGCCUCCCAUCAUCUUCGCUCCAGUUUCAUGUUGUUACAUUUGUCUUUGCCUGCGGUUUUCACUGGAGAAACUGUUUCAACACUGAAGAAGACUCUGAAAACACAGUUAUUUCAUUCGUCUUACAUAUCAAAACUUGGGUUACACCUGUCUUUGCAGAGCUUGUGUGACAUUUGGGUGACACUUACCAUACCUAAGGAGGUGUGCAAUAUGUCAGCUUGAUAAAAUACACAGUUUACCUCAGUACUUGUCCACACGCCAAUUUUCCACUUAAGAUGAUCUGUAGCUGGUGUGCUGUCUGCCACAGCUGUCAUGUAUCUGACACGUCCACAUUUUGGAAGUGAAUUUGUACUUUUCCUGCUUACAGGAGCUCUUUGUUGCAUCUCUGCCUCUAUUGCAGUGCUGCAUGGGGCAGCUCAAAGGUGUGCGGACAGGCCCCACCCUGUCUUUUGUUAGGAAUAAUGCUCUGUUUUGCCGCCCUGCCUCGACUUGUUUCUUUUCACUUUUUGCACACCUGCUCUGUUCGUGCCAUGAGUGCCUCGGGAUCCUCAGCCUUUAGAGGGGAUCAAGUAUCUCCUCUUCCCUGCUAAUCUGCCCUGAAACCCUUGUGAAGUAGUUAAUGUUUGAUGGAAAACGCCUCCUUACUUUACUGAGCUUUAACAAAUAUUUGAUUGGAGAGUUGUUGCUGUAACCUGCUAUCACAUUUCUCCUCCCUGACCACUGAGCUGUGUUCUGGCUGGGGCACUUUGCUCCCUCUUUAAUUGAACCUUUCUAUGGAAUUUCUGACUUUUUGUACCAAACAGACAUUAAAAUACUUGUUUGCUUCAUCGGGCUGAUCCUAUUUUCCUGGUAAUCUAUAUUGUAGGAACAAGAGGCUCAUUGUUAACUCGCCACGCCAGAUGAAAUUCAGGACUGUGUUGCAACAUUACAGUUUGCAAGCUGACCUCUCUCGCAUAGUGUUUUCCGUCACCACGAUGACGCCACAUGAGAGCUUCCUCAGAACUCACCUGCUCCUCCAGCUACUCCCCCUCUCCCUGUCCGUCCUCCACCCUCCUCACCAUCUUCCCGUCCACCUCCCCACGCUGGUCCCUCACACUCCGACGCCUCUCACCCGAUCUCGCUUCAGCGCUCAGACUCAGCUGGACUUCACCACCCACUGCAACUCCAGCUGCUUCCACAGAGAGCAGGAGGACCAGCUGUCUGAGAAACUGGCCUUUGAGACGCUGUAUGCCGACGGCUCCCGCACCCUCACGACGGUGGACGUGGAGGAUGAUGAUGAGCUUGAAGGAGACGCACUCCACCUGCGUCACCCGUCACCCAGCAGAGUCCUGGGAUGGAAGCGCAGGCACAAACGUGUGAGGCGGCAGAUCUACGGAGCAGACGGCCGCUUUAACAUCCACGGAGACAACUUCCUGUUGGACUACCCUUUCUCCACAGCCGUGCGGAUCUCCACUGGCUGCACCGGCGUCCUCGUGUCUCAGCAGCACGUCCUCACAGCUGCUCACUGUGUACAUGAUGGGAAGGAUUAUGUCAAUGGGGCGCGGAAGCUCAGGGUGGGCUUCCUGAUCCCUCCGUCCAUCAACGGCACCAAAACCGGCCUCACCUCUGCCAAGAAGCCUGUGGUUCGCUGGGUGCGAGUGAAACGCACCCGUGUGCCAAAGGGCUGGAUCCAGGGCCCUCAAGAGGUCAGCAUGGACUUUGAUUACGCCCUGCUGGAGCUGCGUUGGCCUCACCAGCGCCCAUUCAUGCGGCUCUCAGUGGCUCCUUCCUCUGAUGAUCUAGCGGGGAACCGCAUCCACUUCUCUGGUUUUGACAGCGACCGGCCCGGGGAGCUGGUGUACAGAUUCUGUCCGGUGGAAGAGGAGUCCAGCAACCUGAUAUACCAGCACUGUGAUGCCAGACCUGGAGCCAGCGGCUCAGGUGUGUACGGACGAGUGUGGGACAACAGCUUAGAGCGCUGGGAGAGGAAGGUCAUUGGCAUUUUCUCAGGACACCAGUGGCUGGAAAUAGACGGAGAGAACCGUGAUUAUAACGUGGCCGUGCGCAUCACUCCUCUGAAGUUUGCUCAGAUUUGUUACUGGGUGCAUGGAAACCGACUAGACUGUGUCCAGGACUGACAAAGCAUGAAAACACAAGAAUGCAAGUGAACAACAGAGUAUCACCCUCAGUGACCUAACAGCAAAGCAGGUCUAAUUCUCGCCUGUAUUUAAUUUACUGCCUGUAACCUCUGGGCCCAUUAAGCCAAUCUGCCUGUGAGAUCAUCACUACGGCAUCUUUUAAUAAGUUUUAGCCCGCAGUCAGAUUAAUAACGCAGUCAGUGUUUCCACAGAAGCCACUUUUUACAAGAGGGAAAGAAACACUUUUCCUCAUGUGUCAGUAGCAGCAGAUUAUUUUCCAACUGGGGACAACCGUAAUCUACUGAGGAUGUAUUUUCAUCUUUCCUGCUCUCUCUCUGGGAACAUGUUUUGGUAUUUUGAUAGCUCUUCGAGGAUCAUUCAGCUGCUUCUGCUCCAAGCUGCAUUCAGACUGUAGCUCACCGCUGCUUUUCAGCCUUCAGCAGACAGAAUAGUCUUCUCAGUGGGGACUGGAGACAGAGUGUUAAUUUUAUUUUUUGAAAAAUGCUUGAUAUAUUUUAAUAAACAGAGAUUUAUAACAAG